AUCUAGAAGAUAUAGAAAAGGAUGAAGUUGAUGAAUUAAUCAUAGAUCUAACAAUAGAUCUGUUAAAUCCAACAAUCAAAUAUCUUCUUAAUAAAGAGAAAAUUGUUAAUAUUGUAUUGGAUAAGCAAUGGAAAUUUGAAGAAGGUGAUGCAAAUAAUACUGCCGAAAAACUAUCUAAAAUCUCUAUUACAGAAGGUUUAAAUAGAUUAACAAAGUUCAUUAGUUUUUUUGAACAACAAGAGAGCUAG